AUCAGUGUUAGCGAGAAUACUCAACAAAUCGCAUUUUUUACGACAGUCAGACGUAUUGAAAUUAAAAAGCGGUGACUCUCAUAUUUGAGCAGUCUGUAAAAAUAAUCUCAAAUAAAUGAGAGUGCAUUUGAAGCAUUUAGCAACGUUUUAUUGCCUUAUCGAUUGACGGCGUGUCGCGUGGCAACUCUGAACUGUACUUCUGAUACAGAUAAAAAACUAUUGACUAUUGAACCGUCUAUCUAUAAUCGAGAAAUUGCGCGCUAAUACACGCAUUGGGCACAGCAAUCGUUGUCGAAUCUAAUUCAAAACAAACAAGAAGAUCCCAAUCCCCCACAGAAGACAAGAUGAGCGAAGGGGUACCAGCGUCGCCCGUGGCCAUUGGCGAACUCAAGUACGAGGAUGUGUCGCAGCUAAAUUUUUCCAAACUGUACUCGCCCAAGAUGAAAAGCGUAUACUGGCGCUACUUUGGAUUCCCCUCGAACGACAAUAAUGAGGUGAUUACCAAACAGAAUGUGGUCUGCAUUAAGUGUCACAAGGUGCUGACCAACCAUGGCAACACCACCAAUUUGCGUGCGCAUCUCCAGCACCGACACAAGGAUCUGUUCAAGGAGCUGUGCCAGGAGCACGACAUCCAUGUGCCGCCGCGCAAGACGCCGCGUAAUGUAUCCCAUCCACCGCUGUCCAAGCGGAAUGUUUCCUCGCGGCGGGUCAAACUGGAGUUCAUUAAUAACCGGAACCACGAUAACGCUUCCGAUGAUGAACUGGACGAAGCAGCCGUGGCAACUGCGGCCAUGCAGGCGGAGGAGGACGCCUCCUCGCAAACCAUGCUGUACGAGACCAUGGUGCCCUUCACCUACGACGAGGCCGAAAAUCUGGUAGAGGAGGAGGAGCGCCUAGUUAUGGAACCAAAGUACGGACGCAAACGCAAAGUGGCCACUCCAUCGAGUGCCCUGAUGCACGGGCGUGUCAUCAAGCACGAGGAAGGCGGCUAUGCCGCCGUGGCGAACAUCGCCAAUCUGGCCGAAGCCCUUACGGACAUUGUGAUUAAGGAUUUGCGCAAUGUGGAUUCUCUGUACGAUGCCGGUUUUGGUGAAUUCCUGCGUCAAGUCCUAGGCAAUUCGGCAGCCAUGCCCGAGCCACACAAGAUCGACUCUUUGAUCAAUGAGAUGCACGCCUCCAAGUUUCUGGAGAUUGGCGAAAUCACGCGCGAUUUCACCUCCGAGAAGCCCUUCUCUCUCGCCUUUGAGAUGUGGGUGAAUGUUGAACAGCGGCGCUUCCUUAGCAUCUUCCAUCACUUUCUGGACGAGGAGACGCACUCAGUUCGCGGUAUGCUGUAUGCCACCGUGGAGUACAACGACUACAUCGUCUUUGACGAUCUGCUGACCGACUUCUAUUUGGCCAAUUGCACACUGGCCAUCAUAAACUACGACGAGGAAGAGGACCUUUUGCACACCUAUCUGCGAGAGAAAAAUAUACCCAUUUCGCUGUGCUACGUUUCGGUAAUUGACAAAUGUUUGCGUCGUGUGUUUGAGAUCGAAGAGGUGGCCACUUUAUUGGAGCAGGUGAAGGACCUAAUGCAGCGUCAUUCAACGGAGAUUGCCUCCAAGGUGUCCGAGGUGCCCAUGCCCACGUACAACGAGCACUUCCCCUGGACACUGUACGAAACAUUGAAGUUCUUUGCCGAGUCCAUAUCUUGGUCCGAGGACAUGGAUCACCUGGUUAUAUCAGCCAAGACGGUGACGGAGGCCCUGAGUGCUCUGGUGAUUGCUUUGGACACGCUGCGUGGCGAAGACAUUCCCUUGUGUAGCAUGCUUUCGCCAAUCACUUCAAAGAUUCUUAUCAAGAAGUUGGGCAUCGCCGAGCAGGACGAUCCCCUAAUGAUGAAUUUGAAGCGGACCAUUUCCAGUGUCCUCCAGGCGCACGUUAUAUCCAAUGACAAUCUGACCGCUGCUGCAUUGUUGGACCCACGCUUCCACCGCCUGACCACCAUUGACAACCUAGAGCGAACCGUUCGUAUGCUGACCCAUAAGUAUAACAUUAACUUUGGUGGAGUGGGCGAAGGGGAAUCCAACGAAGUGGCAGCUACCUCCAGCGUGGUGGCCAUUAAGUCAGAACCAAGAGUAGUGGACGGCAGUGCACCAAAGAAGUUGGGUCUGAAACUGCUGUUUGACAGUAACGAGAUACCAAAUCCUCCGAAGCGAGAUGCGGACAGCAGCGUGGAGUCCGAUCUUAAGCGAUAUCGCAACGAGGUGGUCGUUCAGCUGGAUGAGUCGCCCAUCGAGUGGUGGCUCAAGAUGGGACACAUUUAUGGAACGCUCCGCGAUUUGGCCAGCCUGUACCAUAGUGUGCCCGGCGUGGUGACGCUCAGCUUCAAGAAGGCGCUGAGAGACCAAAUAUACGACUUCAACAAGCGAUUCAUGCUCACCGGUAGUCACAUCGACGCCAUCCUCUUUCUUCAUCAUCACAACAAUUAGUCUGCACUGGCGACUACUGUUUCUUAUAAUGCAAAUACUUUUUAAUUACUUUUAACGUAAUCCGAUCUUGUGUAUAUGAAAAUGACUACCAGGGGCGAGGCAAAUAGUAAUAGCGAUUCCGCAGUACUUUUAACCAAAAGACAGCCUUGGGACGUACACGGAACAUCUUAAGUUAUCGACGUAUAAAUGUUAAGGGAACAUUUUGACAUCAUAUAUUCAAAUCAAACAGAUAAUCUAAGAAUAUUUGUUUAAUAAAUCCAUAACGAAAAAAUAUCACGCUUAUCAAGCUCACUUGUAAAUCCCCUUAUAUCCAUUUCAAGAGAACUAAUUAAAUACUUAACUUAGUUGUACAUAAUUGAUAUUUUAAUCUUAUAAAUAAAUAAAAUGCAUCUAACUUU